CCCCUUCGCAUUCAAUAUGAGAAUAGAAAGCGAAGUGUCACCGCCACCCACCGAAAGAGAGAGAAAACUGAAACUUGUUCUUCGCCGACUGAGGGACUGACCCCAAAGACUUAUCGCAAAAAAAUUGUUUGGAGAAGGAAAUUAGGGAUUAUUGAUCGUAAUUUGUGCUUUUUGGGGGUUGCUGGGGAGAUAUGUACAUAGGUUCCAUGAGAAAGUCUUUCAAGGACUCUCUUAAAGUGCUUGAAGCUGAUAUCCAACAUGCCAAUACUCUGGCUUCGGAUCUUCCGAGAGAGUAUGAUGGUGCAUGCCUUCAAAUGAGAAUGUCGUACAGUCCAGCGGCGCACCUCUUCCUGUUUUUGGUACAGUGGACUGACUGUCACCUUGCCGGAGCAUUGGGGCUGUUAAGGAUACUGAUUUACAAGGUUUAUGUGGAUGGAACUACCACCAUGUCUACGCAUGAAAGGAAAGCUAGCAUAAGAGAAUUCUAUGCUGUUAUCUAUCCCUCUUUACUGCAACUUCAGAGCGGUGUCACUGAUACAGAAGAUAAAAAACAGAAAGCAGUGCGAAUGGAAAGGUACCGAAGAAGAGACGAUGAAGAUUACAGGCAGCUUAAUAAUGUUGAUUUCGAAAGAGAAGAAGAAUGUGGAAUAUGCAUGGAGAUUAACAGUAAAAUUGUGUUGCCAAAUUGCAACCAUGCUAUGUGCUUGAAGUGUUAUCAUGAGUGGCGAGCCAGGUCACAGUCUUGCCCCUUCUGCCGGGAUAGCCUUAAGAGAGUUAAUUCCGGGGAUCUCUGGGUUUAUACAGACAAUAGGGACAUAAUUGACAUGGCCACGGUGACGAGGGAGAAUCUUAGAAGGCUUUUCAUGUAUAUCGAUAAGUUGCCACUGAUUGUCCCUGAUACCAUUUUUGAUACUUAUGAUUCCCAUCUAAGGUGAUAUAAGUAUAUUCUGAAUUAUCUUCUCGGUGAUCUGAUUAUAGACUUAUCGUUUUCUCUUUGAUUACAUAAAAGACCGAAUCACUCGGAUUCGGUGAAUUUAGAUGAGCUAGUACUGUAGUGGUUUCUUCCCACUUCUCACCUGAAGAAAAAGCAUGCCCCGAGUAAUUAUGGAUCGGUGAAGUCAAGGUUAGUUUAUUUGGUAUAUUUGUACAUGAUUGUAUAGCCUAAUGUUGGAUGAUUAAAGAAAAAUAAUUCCAAGUCCUUUUCUGUGGCAUUGAAUCCCUUGAAAAUGGAUGAACGAUUAAACAUGCUGCAUGUUGUAUGAUUGUGUCAAAGACAUAAUCAGUUGUUUCUGUUACUGUGGUUUAAGCAUGAACCUUGUCCCAUGUUUAUUCUCCCUUUGCUGUCUUUUACAGUUUACUUGUUUGAGGGAUAAACGGUUCCGUCAUCAUAUUUA